AUGCUACAAGUUUCUAAGAAUAAGUUUGGGUUCAAAACUGUGUAUGCUGGAGAAUUUUGCCAACACUCCUUUCUAAAAAAGGGGAAAAAGUGGGCACAGUUCAAUCCUCCACUACUGCCUGACAUUAACUGUGUUAAAGAGGCUAAGAAACAGGAUGUUAUGAAGCUGUUGGAGGAGAUGGGUCUUGGCGCCAUCAUGCGGUGUCCGAUCACGAAGUUCAUCACGCACACGACGUCGCACGGCUGCUUCCUCGUGUUGCUGGCCGUAGCGACGUUCCGCAUCACGGAGAGCAGCGUGUCGAUCACGUCCACGGACGAGCUGGACGACCCGCAGUACAUGGCGCUGUCCCACGACGAGAAGGUCCAGAGUCUGCUCAAGGAGACGCUGCGGCCCGCCAGCACGCUCAUCACUCACGUACAGAUGUGUAUAGUUUUCUGGAUAUCAGGUUUGUUAUGGUAUGAAUGUAAACAGGUUUACAACUCAGGGGCUCGGUCGUACCUCACCGACUACUACAACUUCAUGGAUUUCAGUGUCUUGACGAUGUACCUCGCGUCCUACGUGUUACGGUUCUUCACAGAGUUUAAGGUUUCUGAAGCUGACAGGUUCUUCAACGGCACGAACCGUGCCAAGGAGCUUCUAGUGCACGGGAACUACACGUACUUCAACCUGUUGACGGCAGAGAUCAAAGAUCCGAAACAUUCACCCAACAAUUAUUUUAUGGAAGCCUCCCGGUUCCAGUGGGAGGCCAACGACCCGGAGAUCCUGUCAGACGUCCUGUUCGCCAUCGCCAACGUGAUCAGCUUCGCCCGGACCACCUACCUCAUGCCAGCCUUCGAGGUCCUGGGCCCGCUGCAGAUCUCCCUGGGCCGCAUGAUCGGAGAUAUCACGCGCUUCCUCGUCCUCUUCUCACUGGUACUAUUCGCCUUCAUGGUAGGGCUACACAACCUCUACUGGUACUAUGGUGCACAAAAAAUAAAGAUGGAGUUGAAUGGACAUAUAGUGAGCAUCCAUGCAGCUAAAGCAUUCCAAGGCCUUUCUGCGACUUUCUAUAGUUUAUUUUGGUCCAUGUUUGGCCAAGUCAGUAUCAAUGAUAUCAGUGUGAAACACCCGAAGCCACCUGGAGUCUACUCGUCUCUGUACAGCAGCUCGCACAUGGAGACGAGCACGUCGAUCGUCGAGGGGGUCGGGCUCUACCUGUUCGGUAUCUACCACGUGGUCGUGAUCAUCGUCCUCAUCAACAUGCUGAUCGCCAUGAUGAGCCACACCUUCGAGGACAUCCAGACUGACUGUGACGUGGAGUGGAAGUUCGCGCGCACCAAGCUGUGGUUGAACUACAUGGACGAGGGCAGCACGCUGCCCGUCCCCUUCAACAUGAUCCCCACCCCCAAGUCGUUCAGCUACAUCUUCAGCUUCUGCCAGAUCAUCGUCAAGCCCAACACCAACAGCUUUCUCGACUUCGAGAAAACCAGGAAACAGACAUUUCUCAAGAAAAGGCGGGAGAACGUGUGCAAGACGCUCGACCUGAAGAUGGACGAGACGUCGUACUCGGACAUCAUGCACCGCCUCGUCAAGCGAUACCUCUUCAAGCUGGAGCGCGCCAAGGACGAGAGGGACUCACGUAAGUCUGUUCACUCGACAUUCACUCGGUGUUCAUUCGACCUCUUCUCGACGUUAAUACGACGUCAUUCGACCUUUAUUUGA